UGAGGUGAAGAUGGAGAGAUAUCAUCUGUCUGUUUUGUUACUUGUGUUGGUCCUGAGUGCCACUGCAGUGUGUGGUGAAGAGUAUACAGAGAAUGUGUCCUGCCCAAUGAACCAGAAAGCCUUUAAUGGUUCAUGUUAUGAGUUUGUGACCGAGCAGCGGAGUUUCCUUAACGCUCAGGCCGGGUGUGAGCGCAGCGGUGGACAUCUGGCUUUCAUCCACAGCGAAGAAACACAACACUUUCUCCAAAAACAUCUGCAAUCGGAUCACAACUGGUGGAUCGGCUUAGUGCCCUCAUCCUUAAACCCAGGCUCGUCUGUGUCUGAGGAUCUGUUGUCCUGGCUGGAUGGAUCUCAAGUGACUUACUCUAACUGGGUCGAAGAGGCCGUGUCUGGCACCAGCUGUGGCUACAUCUCUGAAGAAUCGUAUUUUCAAUGGGAAGCAACCAGUAACUGCAACCAGGAGUUCUUCUUCAUCUGCCAGUUUGAGUCGGGACAGAGUAUAGCCUGUACGGACAACCACGCCAUGCUGGAGUGUGACUCUGGUCAGGUCAUAGAGAUCGAUGAGAGCUUCUACGGCAGGAAAACAGCGCACUACUGCACUACUGCCAGCCAUUCUCUCUCAAAAACAUUUGACCAGGACAGGUGCAGCUGGGUGGACGUGGCGGGUGUGGUAUCAGCCUCCUGUGACGGUCAGCAAGUAUGCGAGGUCCCUGCAGAUACACCGGCAUUCGGAGAGCCUUGUCCACAUCUGGGAAGUUACCUGUCUAUAAAAUUUCACUGCAGAAAUGAAUCAUCUGCAAUUGGAAGCAAAAGAUCUUCACAGUUUAAAAGAGAUUACAAUGACAACUGCACUUGCAACGAUCUACAUGACUACUAUGAGCAUGGUGUCAAAAUCGAUUGUACGUAUAAUUGUAACAGCGCAAUAGUUCGCACUUUGGAUGUUCAACUAAAAGCAGACUCAAAUGUGAGAAAUUGGGAAUGGUAUUACAUAAAGUCGGAUGGUCCGAAUACUGUGUCUCCAUGUAAAAAAGACAAUAGUGCAAAAACUAUACAACUGAGUAAUAUGCUUAGCAGAAGUGACACUUAUACCGUUACAACUGCUUUUUUGACAAGCUUCCCCGAAGGCAUCACUAUUGUACUAAAAGGUACUAAAGAUGGAAAGCUUGGUUAUGAUUGCCAUGAAAUUAAGUUCCCAUCAGUCAACAUACUAAGUAAUCAAGAGACAACCACCCGAAGUUCAUACACUUAUCCACCCAAUCCUUACCCUGACCCACCUAACCCUACCCAACCACAAACUAUCACACAAAAUCAACCAAAAACCACACAAAAUCAACCACAAACCACCACACAAAAUCUCUGUACAACAACACUAGACACGCCAGACUGUCAAAUUUCCCCUUCCGAUGGGAAUACCUUCACUCCCUUCAAUGUCACGUGCAACAUAGACCAAAAUUUUUGCUGCAAUGGGCUUUGCACAUUAUACAUGAAAACCUCUGAAGGUGAUUUUGUGUAUCGUGGCAAUCAGAUGACCAUGUCGAACCUGUAUCUUUCUCAGGGUGUAUAUAAACUGAUGGUCUAUAUUACAAAUAAGGCCGGUCAGAAAAUCAGCACUAAGCUCCCUGUUCAAGUCACAGACAGCAGAAAUGCCCGUCCUGAAGCUGUCAAGGAUCUUGUGUCACAAGUCAAAGAUCUGCAGAAAAAAGGGGAGCUCACAACCAGCAUGAUGGCAAAAUUGUUCGUGAGCGUUUCCGAUACGCUAAACAGCAAUUAUAGUGAUAAUGAUAAAAAACAGCUUGUGGAGAGUAUGUCUCAAUCUUUGUGUGCUGCGGUGUCCAAUGAAUCGACGACCUUUCCUAAAGAUGAGAUAAACCUCAUUUCUUCCUCUGUCCUAAGCCUUGUCUCACAUGAACAGCAGAUGACAAAUAAUUCCAAGAAAGCAGCAUCCUGUGUUCUUGACAACAUUAGUAAGAACCAGUUCUCUUUGUCCGAUGGGAGUGCAGUGGCCAGUGUAGCUCUGCCUAUUGUUUCAUCGGCCAGUGUUCUCCUCAAACACUCUGCAGAGAGUGACAAAGAGAUCUCUGUAACAUUAAUCAAGACACUAAAUCAAGUACAGAGAGCUAUGCUCGCUAAUAAAACGAUAGACACAGAGCCGGUGUUAAUCACUUCUCCACUGAUUAAUCUUUAUGUGAACAGACUAUCACCAACUAAUCUCAAUAAGUCCCAGAUCACCACUGGGAACAAUUCAGCUGCCUUCUCACUCCCAUCUUCGCUUUCAAGUUUGAUUCCUUCAAAUGAGACAGUGAAUUUAUGUAUGGCUAGCUUCGGCAUAAAUCCUUUUGCCUGGAACAAAGACAAAGAUAUUAGUGGAACAGUUGGGAGUCUUUCUCUUACCAGGGAUGAUGGCUCUGCAAUUCGAGUGGAAAAUCUCAAAGAGGAAAUCGAGAUUCUCUUACCAGUAGGAGGUGGUGUGGCUUCGAACAAAACAUUUCUGAACCUGACAAGUUACAGCACUAUGGCCAUCAACAUGACUGCUCCAAACAUCUCUCUGGUGCUGAAACUGGAUCCUUCAGAUAACACAUCUUUGAUGUUAAAUCUAGGCUUUCAAUACUAUCCAAAUGACACCACAUAUGUGGCCAAGGCCCAGUUCCCUCAACAAGGAGAUUCAAAACAGAAUGGGUAUACAUGGGUGCUGAAUCCUAAGGAUGUGGCACUAGAAAUGGGCAUGUACUAUCUUCUAGUGAGGCCUAUUGUAUCACCAGGUGUGAAUUCCUCAAAUGCGACAGUGUAUGUAACAUCGAUUGCUGCUAGCUGCAAGUACUGGAAUGAGGAGGACAGCAAAUGGAGCACACGUGGCUGUAGGGUUGGCCCUCGGACUACAUCAAAGGUAACUCAGUGCCUGUGCACUCACCUGACCUCUUUUGGCAGCUCGUUCUUUGUCAUGCCCAACACUGUUGAUGUGUCUCGAACUGCCGAGCUUUUUUCCACAUUUGCUAACAACCCUGUGGUUGUGUGUUUUGUUGGUGCCAUAUUCCUGGCAUACUUUAUAACAGUGAUAUGGGCACGCAGAAAAGACCUUCAGGACAAGAUAAAGGUGAGAAUCACAGUGUUGGAGGAUAAUGACCCAUUGGCUGAAUACCGUUACUUGGUGGCUGUCACCACGGGUCAUCGCUAUGGAGCUGCCACCACGUCUCAAGUUACACUGACGCUAACAGGCACUGUUUGGGAGAGUAAGCCUCAUCAUCUGACUGAUCCAGAAAAAACUGUCUUUACUAGGGGAGGGGUGGACAUAUUUAUGCUCACCACUCCUUUCUCACUGGGAGAACUGCAGAGCGUCAGGCUGUGGCAUGACAACUCUGGCGAGCAUCCUGACUGGUAUGUCAACAGGGUGAUGGUGCAGGACCUGGAGACAGGUCAGAUAUGGAAUAUCUUGUGCAACUCAUGGCUGGCCAUUGAUAUAGGGGACUGCACUCUGGACAAGGUGUUCUCUAUAGCAUCUGAGAAGGAGUUGAAAGGAUUCCAAAAUCUCUUUUUCACGAAGACUGUGAAAGACUUGUGUGACGGCCACAUCUGGUACUCUGUCGUAAAUCGGCCUGCAAACAGUAAUUUCACUCGGGUGCAGCGCCUCUCUUGCUGUUUCUCCCUGCUGCUCUGCACCAUGCUAACCAGCAUCAUGUUCUGGGGAGUUCCCAAAAGCCCCUCUGAGCAAGACAUGGAAUUGGGUGCUAUAAGCUUCAACAUACAACAAGUGAUGAUCGGCAUCCAGAGUUCGAUUAUUAUGUUCCCUGUCAACCUUUUGAUUGUGACCAUAUUCAGAACCACCCGGCCUCGGAAAAAGAGAGACGUAGCAAUAAUUCAGGACUCCAAAUCUGGAUUUUCUAAGGAGAAGAAAACACUUUCAGAAAAAUGGCGCAUUCAGACCGACAUUACUAUCGAGAUUGUCGUCAAAGAGUUAAAGAAAAUAGUUAGCGCCCUGGCUAAGGCAGUGAAGUGUCCUGUUCCAAAUGCAGCCCUGGAAUCUGAAACAACAGACAUCAGCACUUUAUUGUUUGUCCUAGAAGACAUCAUCCGGCAGCAGAAUUUCACUGUUAGCAAUGUUUACGUACAAGAUACCGAAAACGAUCCCUUCUUAGUAUACAAGCUCUAUCGACACUAUCUCUACAAACAGCUCCGUAAUUUGGAAAAAGAGCUAAGGCUUCUGGGUCCUUUGCAAUUCCCAAAGCCAGAGAUGUACAUUCAGGCUGUGCUUCAGGUCCAAGGUAUAAAACAGCUGCUCGAACCGUAUCUCUACACCAACCCUAUGGGCAACCAGGUCAUCGUCGCUGACCUUGAGGAAGAGAAAAAGAAAAAGUGUUACCAGAAAGGCUUUCCCUGGUGGUUUGUGUUCGUGGGUUGGUUUCUUGUUGCGGCAUCUAGUGGUGUGUCAGCAUACUUCACCAUGAUGUAUGGGCUGACAUACGGAAAAGAGCGCUCCAUCAGCUGGCUCAUUUCCAUCUCAGUCUCAUUCUUUGAGAGUUUGUUCGUCACCCAGCCUAUAAAAGUCUUUGGAUUUGCAAUCUUCUUUGCUCUGGUGGUGAAAAAUAUUCAAAGUGACGAUGAGAAUUAUUUUCGCCUGUUAAAAGACAUGACACUUACCUACUCAGAGGAUCCCGAUGAUGUCCGGAUUUCCAGAAGAGACAGCGCAUGCAGUUUCUACCAGCCUCCUCCUGCUGCUGACAUUGAGAAAAUGAAGGAAAAUUAUUUCAAAAAUCAGAAAGCUAUUGCCUUAUUCAAGGAGAUCAUCAUUUACCUAGCGUUUCUGUGCGUACUACUCCUGGCUACGUACGGUCAGCGCGAUCCAAAUGCUUAUUAUCUCACUCAGCACAUUGAUCAAAGUUUCAGCAAUGGUAUCACCGACAGCAUGAGCGCCGGAGACGUGUUCACCUGGGCGAACGACGUCCUCAUCAGCAACCUCUAUGGACCAUAUCGAGGCUUCAUCACAGAUGGAAACUCAAAGCUUGUGGGAAGUGCUCGUCUUCGGCAGAUUCGAGUGCGCAAGGACACGUGCAGGAUUUAUAAAGACAUGCACCGUCAUGUUCAUGAUUGUCAUGCACCAUACUCGUGGGAUAUCGAAGACAUGGGCUGUUAUGGCCCAGGCUGGAAUCGCUCCAGAGAUGUAAAUAUGACUGAAACCCUCCUCGUGUCCUGGCAAUACCAAACCCAGUCCAAACUCAGGGGUCACCCUAUCUGGGGCAGAAUGGCUUUCUACAGAGGUGGAGGAUUUGUAUUGGACCUGGGUCUUGACCCUGAACAAGCAAGCAGCAUGAUACAGUACCUGUUUAACAACACAUGGUUGGAUGUAUACACACGGGCCAUCUUUGUUGAGUUCACGGUGUACAACGCAAACGUCAACCUCUUCUGUAUUGUAACGCUGAUGCUAGAAACCAACGCAUUGGGAGCGUUCCAAUACAGCAGCGAGCUGCAUACUUUACGUCUUUAUCAGACCACGGAUGGCAUUAAUGUAGUGGCCUCUGAGGUCAUUUAUUUCCUUUUCAUUCUCUAUUAUAUGUUUUUGCAGAUCAAGAAGAUCAAGCAGCAGAAAUGUCAGUACUUCAAGAGCAAGCAUAACCUUUUAGAGCUGUCCAUCAUUCUUCUAAGUCUGGCUGCAGUGGGUGCAAUCAUCAACAGGACAGUUCAGGGAGAACAAGAUCUGAAAUAUUUUCAGGAGCACAAAGACCAUUUCCCAAGCUUUUAUGACACGGCCUCAGCAGACGCGUCCCUGGGGUACAUUUUGGCUUUCCUGAUUCUGUUGGGAACCAUCAAAAUGUGGCAUCUGAUGCGCCUCAACUCCAAACUGAACUUGAUCACCUGCACGCUGCAGCGAGCCUGGAACGACAUCUCCAGCUUCAUUGUGGUCCUAAUCAUAAUGGUUCUAGCCUACUCCAUUGUGAGCAAUUUGCUGUUUGGUUGGAUUCUGUACACAUACAAGACUCUCCAUGACUCCACCUUAGCCAUUAUCGCCCUACAGCUUGGCAUAUUCAAUUACGAAGAGGUCCUGGAUCUGAACCCAGUGCUUGGCGCAUUUCUGAUACUCUCCUGCGUAAUAUUCAUGACAUUUGUAGUGCUGAACCUUUUCAUCGCGGUCAUCCUUGAGGCGUUCAGUCACGAGCAGAAGAACUACAAGCCAUCUGACGAAGAGGAAAUAGUAGACCUGAUGAUGAUGAAGAUCUGCAAGGCGUUUGGCAUCCCAGUUAAGAAGAAAAGAUGAACCUAAGCUGCUUCCUUACACCUUGUUAUAUCCUAAACAUGAAGCUGUUCUGUUU